AUGGCACUUCUAGAAUAUCCUGUCCAUAGUAAAUCAGGGCUCCUUGACAAAAUUUGCUGUCGUAUGAUAGCUGUUUUCAAAAACACAGCGUUGUACCCUGAGUGCGUGGUCGUGGCAUGGCACUUUGCAGGUUGUGCCAAUGUUCAGAGACAGGAAAAACUAUCUUAUUUCUAUAGACCCUUGAGGGGUUACGCACAAUGCAAGUGUGAGAAUGUUUACAUAUCUAGAAAAAUUGAAGAGCAAAAGCAAGAGGCAAAACAUGGUCCUGGAAUAUUAUCACAUCUCCCUCCUUUGGCAGGAUCAAAGCUAGGGUAUAGUGAAAAGCCAAAGAUUAUUCAUUGUGGUGCAUAUACCCAAGCAGUACCUGUUAAGGAAGAAAAACAUCAUAGAGGUGUUAGUGACUCGAUUGCCAACAACUAUAGUCCAUUUGCAAAGCAUCUGAGCACACGCUAUGUUUACAAAAAAGUCAAACCUCAUGGGCAUGGUUUAUCGCAAAGACCUGCUGAUGACACAAGCAGUCAUGUCUUUAAUGGUAAAGCAAAUGUGGUUAUUGAGGAGACACUCGCCAUAAACCAGUCCAAACAAAACUUGAAACGUCAUACGCACCCUCCGUUAUAUGAUCCGGUUCCUUUAGCGGAUCGAUUGGGCAAAGUUCCGCAUAUUGAACAAAGCACAAUCUCAAAAACUCGAGUUAUCAAGCCGAAACCACCUGAUGAACAGAAAGCUCCAGGCCACCAUGGCAGGCCAUUACCCAAAAUUGGAAAUACGCAGGGAUUUGGUGGGAAUAAAAUAUCCAACGAUGGGAAUAUUGAGGCUGCGAAUUCAAGACCCCAUACACCGGAAUCUUGGAGAGAUAUGUACCUUUUAUCCGGUGUCUCAAAGACGCAGAUACCAAGCCAAAUUGGAAAACAUGAAUCAUUCUCUGAGUGUGACUUUACUGAACACGAUCCAGAAAGCAUGAGUGUAAUUGAAAUAUCAUUCCCGUCGAAUAUGAAUCCUACUUUUGGCUUGCCAAGAUCAGUGACUCCGCAUGAACCUGAUCUUGAACGAUACUCAAAGCUUAUUGAGAGCAGCAUUGCUGAUCACAUGGUUGCACCAAUAAGCGAUGAGCUUGUAGCAGGAACCCAUCGCAACUUACCAAAGCCUUUGAUUAAGAAUUUCAAGGGAGUUCUAAAAGAACUUGAUGAGGCUGCCAAAGAAAACUACCUGCAAAGUCUCAAAAGAAGCAUCCUUGACUAUAUUUUGCUAGAUCCAUCAGAACAAGAACGCGUUGGUGUGUCGGUUUCACCCCAGGUUGUGUACCCUGCAGGCAGGGAAUGGUUUCCUUGGCACGAUGCCUUUCAAAAUGCUAAAGCACGGAUGCUCAGUAACCUAUUUAUAACACAUGAAGUCAUCAAAGAAAUCCAAAAACUUUGGUUUGAAAACUACAUUGACUUCAGAAUGAUUGAUGUACACUUGCUAUCUUUGUCAAUGCCUCUGACAUUGCCUGAGCUACAGAAGCAAGUUGAAGACAGUUGUGCGAAGAGCAAGGAAGAAUUAGCGGAAACCUGGGUUUUUCAGUGUGCGAAGAUAAUCGGUGAUCGAAGAACAUCAGUGGAAGAGAUGAUGCCUGGUAGCGAGCGCCUUCGAAUUGAGAAAAUGGAUCACUUUUUUGGUUGUGUUGCAAUGUUGAUGUCAAGACAUCUUCGUUUGGCAGUGAGCCACACUUUGGAAGAUCUUGUUGCUUUCUUUGAGCAGUACUCUGAGGGAAGUUACUACGAAGGAGGAGCGGAGACACCUAUCUCUACAUUAGGACAACCAAUCAUAAUUCGUUUGGUGGUUAACGAAAGCACUGACGAGCUUGAGUUUUCACCAUCUUUUGAGGAGUUAGUUUUUGAAAUAGAUGGGCUAAUUGAGCAUAUUGUCGAAAGCUGCGAAGGAAUAAAGCGUGCAGAAGAUCAUUUGUUUCAACCUCAAGAUGAUGUUGAAAUUAAUAACAUUAGCGUCAUGCAAACAAGCGAGGAGCCAGUUGAAGAAGCAAAAAUUGGAAUCGAAAAAGUUGUUAGAAAAAACACUGCCGGCCCAGAAAAAUUUUGUUCUGUAUACAAGAACUACAGGGCUUUAUACUCCCACGAAGCACAGGAAGAAGUCGACAGAUUUCUCAAAGCUGAUCACAGUCUGAAAGAGUACAGAGAUAAAAUUGAUCAUUUUAAAAAUCUGGCGUCUGAGAUUACGUCAAUGGAUAAUUUUGUCCCUUUCCAUUUGUUCCUGAUCAAUUGCACACCUGUAAAGGAGUUCCUGAUCACACGUGCAAAUAUGUUGUCACAAAAAAUACUAGACCAGAUCACGACGAACAGUUUCUAUUUUAACAAAAAGAUUUGUAGUCAAUACGAAGAAAUACUGAACAAAAUAAACAGUAUAACUCAUGAUACUGAUCAAUUGGUUGAAUUAUCAAAUUACAUCGACAAUCUUCGAUUUGGGCCUCUUUUAUCUUUAAAGGCCCAGUUAAAGAAAGCUGCAAGCGAUCUGCUAUUUCUGGUUGACUAUGCUGAUCUUACAGAAGAGCAUAUCCAUUUGAACUACACAACAUUCAACUGGAAUGAGAAACUACAGCCCCUAAUUAAAAACAGUGAGAUGAGAAUGCUUCGAGAACAAGAAACCGCUAUGAACAAGCUCAAAGAAAGAAGGGGAAGAUUUGAAAUGAAACUUAGUGAAGCUCAGAGGAUUGUUGUUGAAUUUAAAAACAGAGAGCGAAUGUCAGAUGCUCCACAGUAUGUCGAGGUAUUUGACCAAUUGAAAAGACGAGUGGAAGAGUUCAUUGCUGAGAAAAAGCAAAUAAAUCACGAAGAAGAACUUUUACGAGCAGAGGAACUGAGUCCAUACCCUCAGAUUCAAGAAAUCAUCCAGUCUAAAGCACCUUAUGAUCAGUUGUGGAGAACUAUAGUAUCAUUUACAAGCAGCCAGGAAAAAUGGCUAAAUGGCCCAAUGCUCAAGUUGAAUGCCGAGGAAAUCGAGGACCAGGUAUCAACACUGUGGAAAGUCAGUUACAAGUUAACAAAGCUCUUCAAUCAUCCUGAUUUAAUGGGUCCGUUAAGGGCGGCUGCAACAAUUAAGACACGAAUCGAGAAGUUCAAGAUUAACAUGCCAUUGAUUACGGCGUUAUGUACUCCGGGAAUCAAGCAGCGUCACUGGGAACAGAUGAGUCUCAAAGUCGGCUACAAUAUUGCUCCUAAGAUUGACACUCCACUUAGCGAGAUGUUGGCACUUGGUCUCGAGAGAUAUGUCGACGAGCUCACCGAAAUAAGUUCUCAAGCCAGUAAAGAAUAUGCUCUCGAAAAGGCUCUUAUCAAGAUGUAUGGAGAAUGGGAUGACCUCAGCUUUAAUUUUGUGCCGUACAAAGAUACAGGAGUAAACAUUUUAUCUGCUGUUGAAGACAUGCAGGUCAUUCUUGAUGAUCAUAUUGUCAAAACACAAACAAUGCGUGGUUCUCCUUUUAUCGAACCUUUUGAAGACGAAAUCAAAGACUGGGAAGCACGGCUGAUUAAUAUACGAAAUAUUUUGGACUCAUGGCUCAGGGUGCAAGCCACUUGGCUUUACUUGGAGCCCAUAUUUAGCUCAGAGGAUAUACAGCAACAGAUGCCAUUGGAAGGAGAGAAAUUCAGAGAUGUCGAUUCUUACUGGAGAAAGAUAAUGAGAGAGUCUUCUGAAGAUCCCCAUGCAUUAAAAGUAACGUCACAAGAAGAUAUGCUUAAGAAACUUCAGCAUUCAGAGGUUUUACUUAAGGAUAUUCAACGCGGGCUGAAUAAUUAUCUUGAGCAAAAACGUCUUUACUUUCCAAGGUUUUUCUUUUUGUCCAAUGAUGAACUUUUGGAGAUUCUAUCAGAAACAAAAGAUCCACUUCGAGUGCAACCUCAUCUGAAAAAGUGUUUUGAAGGGAUAGCGAGCCUCGACUUCGAUUCGAAGAAACAGAUUCAUGGGAUGAAGUCUGCAGAAGGAGAAAGAGUCAUGUUUACAGAUUCAAUCUACCCAGCCGAUGCCAAAGGUCUUGUUGAAAAAUGGCUCUUCCAGGUUGAACAUAACAUGAAAGACAGCCUGAAAAAUGUUCUGAAAGAGGCUUGCGAUGCCUAUGCCAAAACGAGUCGGGAUGAGUGGGUGCAGUCAUGGCCUGGACAAAUUGUGCUGGCAUGCUGUGCCAUUUAUUGGACGGCAGAGGUAACAAAGGCAAUCCAGGGCACAUACCUUCCUGACUAUCUCAAAAAGUCCAACGAGCAAAUUGAGCAAAUUGUCGAGCUUGUCCGUGGUGAAUUGACUCAAAUGACACGUAUAACACUGGGUGCUUUGAUCGUUAUGGAUGUUCAUGCUCGAGACGUUGUCGAACAGCUGUGUAAGAACAAAGUUUCAGAUACAAUGGACUUCAAUUGGAUUAGCCAGCUGCGAUACUAUUUGGAGGAUGACAUUGUGUCAGUAUGUAUGAUAACCACAUCGUUACGCUACGGUUACGAGUAUUUAGGAAAUACAAGCAGACUCGUAAUUACGCCUCUGACGGAUCGCUGCUACAGGACAUUAAUGGGAGCCAUACAACUAAGUCUUGGAGGUGCACCUGAAGGACCAGCUGGAACUGGUAAAACUGAAACCUGCAAAGACUUGGCAAAGGCAGUUGCAAAACAGUGUGUAGUAUUCAACUGUUCUGAUGGCUUGGACUAUAAAGCUAUGGGUAAAUUCUUCAAAGGCCUCGCGCAGGCUGGGGCUUGGGCCUGUUUUGACGAGUUCAACAGAAUUGAGCUUGAGGUUUUGUCGGUCGUCGCGCAACAGAUCCAAACGAUCCAACGUGCUGUCAUGGAACAACUCAAAAUAUUUGUAUUCGAGGGCACAGAACUACGACUUGAUCCCACGUGCACAAUUUUCAUUACAAUGAACCCAGGUUAUGCAGGCAGAGCUGAAUUACCAGAUAAUCUGAAAGUUCUAUUUCGCACCGUCGCCAUGAUGGUUCCAGAUUACGCCAUGAUAGCUGAAAUAAGUUUAUAUUCAAUGAGUUUCGUGAAAGCGAAAGAUCUGGCAGCAAAGAUUGUUGCUGUGUAUCGACUCUGUUCCCAACAACUUUCUUCCCAACAUCAUUAUGAUUACGGCAUGCGUGCUGUUAAAUCUGUGUUGACUGCAGCAGGAAAUUUGAAGUUGAAAUACCCGAAAGAAACAGAAGAAGUCAUACUUCUAAGGUCAAUAAAUGACGUCAAUAUGCCUAAGUUCCUGUCCCAAGAUUUGCCACUAUUUGAAGGAAUCAUAUCAGACCUGUUCCCGGAUGUCAUCCUUCCAACUCCGGAUCAUGGCCGGUUGCAGCAUGCGGUCGUUGAAGAGAUAGAGAAAAUGGGGCUGCAGCCUGUUCCAUGGUUCGUUGAGAAAAUUAUCCAGAUUCACGAGAUGAUGUUGGUUCGUCACGGUUUCAUGAUAGUUGGUGAUCCAUUAGGAGGCAAAACGUCAUCAUAUGUCGCCUUGGCUAGAACGCUGACAGAAAUGAGUAACACAGGAAAUGAGCAAGCUGUCAAGUAUAGAGUGAUAAACCCUAAAGCAAUCACAAUGGGAGAAUUAUAUGGACAUUUUGAUCCAGUAUCCCAUGAAUGGUCUGAUGGUGUGCUAGCAAACACUUUUCGUGCACAUGCUGACUCCACUACUAAGGAGCGCAAGUGGAUUAUCUUUGAUGGACCUGUUGAUGCUAUUUGGAUUGAGAACAUGAAUACGGUUCUAGACGACAAUAAAAAGCUUUGUCUAAUGAGUGGCGAAAUCAUACAGAUGAAUGCUAGCCAAACAAUGAUUUUUGAACCGCAAGAUCUUGAGCAAGCAUCCCCUGCAACAGUUAGCCGAUGUGGCAUGAUUUACAUGGAACCGAAGCAAUUAGGUAUGGAUCCCCCUAUCACUUCUUGGCUGAACAAGGAGCUGCCAAAGAAUUUGACGGCGGAACAGCGUCAGGUCAUUGAGAUGAUGCUGAGCUGGCUUCUACCACCAAUUGCCGACUAUAUAUCAAGAAAUUGCAAGCAGUUUGUAACUAUUUCUUCGACAUUGAUGGUUCAUUCUAUGCUCAGAUUGUUCGGAAACACUCUUGAUGAACUGAGACCAAAUGAAAAUUCAGAGGUCUCACAGGAAGAGGAAUUUGAAAUACCAGCGCAACUAGAACGACCUGAAAGAACUGAAUCCGAGACCAUUCAGUGGCUACAGAGUCUGUUACUAUUUGCCAUUUCGUGGUCAUUUGGAGGUACCCUAGAUGGCGACUCAAGUGUCAAAUUCAGUGAAUAUUUCAAGAAUCUUUGUAGUGGAAAUAGCAAGGAACACCCACGGCCAAAUAAUCUCAAGCUGCCAAGAAACGUACAGUUCCCAGGUAGAGGGACUAUUUACGAUUAUUAUUUCGAUAAAGCUACUUUUGGUACAUGGCAUCCAUGGGAGAAAAUUGUAACCGAAGAUCGCAUACCGAAAGAUGCCCAGCCACACGAAGUCAUCAUCUCCACUACACAGACCGUGCGGCAGAAGUACUUCUUGGAAGUCUUUUUGUCCCAUGAAACACCUUUGAUGUUUGUCGGGCCAACUGGGACUGGAAAGUCAGCCAUCACUAAUAACUUCAUUGUCAAGCUCGAUCGAGAAAGGUAUAUUGCGAAUUUCAUGAAUUUCUCAGCUCAGACAUCGAGCAACCAGACACAAGAUAUGAUCCUCUCAAAGCUAGACAGACGAAGAAAAGGGGUUUUCGGCCCACCAAUUGGGAAAAGGGUCGUGUCAUUUGUCGAUGACUUGAAUAUGCCUGGGAAAGAGCGAUACGGAGCUCAACCUCCGAUUGAAGUUUUACGUCAAGUAAUCGAUCAUGGUUUCCUAUUCGACAGAAAAGAUACUUCAACUUUGAACAUCGUGGAUCAAAUAAUACUUGCAGCAAUGGGGCCUCCUGGAGGUGGACGAAAUCACGUGACACCAAGACUUCUCCGACAUUUCAACAUAAUAGGAAUCGAUUCUUUUGACACUGAAACAAUGAAAAAGAUAUUCGCACCAAUCACCGAUUGGCACUUUAACAGAGGAUUCGAAACGUCAUUGAAGCGGUUUUCACGGAUCAUUUUACAUGCAACCACUGCCGUUUAUACUGAAGCAAUCUCAAGUUUUCUGCCUACUCCGACAAAAUCUCAUUACGUUUUCAACUUGAGAGAUUUUUCGAGAGUUAUUCAGGGAAUCCUCUUGCUUGACCCAAGGGUAGGUGCUUCACCGGAUAAGAUAACGCGGUUAUGGAUCCACGAAGUCUACAGAGUUUUUUAUGACCGGCUAACAGACCAACAAGACCGACAAAAAUUCUUUGAAAUUGUCAAGAAUGUAUUAGCUACAGAGUUUAAAGAGAAAAUCCACGUUUCACUUUCACAUCUAACAAAAACUGGUGGAAACGUUCUGGAUGAUGACGUCAGAAGUCUUUUCUUUGGAGAUUAUUUGAAAGGAAAAAAAUCUGGCAAACUCUACGAUGAAAUAACUGAUAUUGAAGCUUUGCAGACGGUGAUGCUUAAUUAUUUACACGACUACAAUUUGGUAAGCAAGGCCCCCAUGGAUUUGGUAAUGUUCAGGUUUGCCAUCGAGCAUAUCUCAAGAAUCAGCCGCGUUUUGAAGCAACCGAACGGUCAUGCGCUCCUAGUUGGCAUAGGUGGGUCAGGUCGGUCCAGUGCUUGCAGAUUAGCUGCCUUUAUGGGAGACUAUGACUUAUACCAGAUUGAAGUGUCUAAGAACUACGGUUUCAAUGAGUGGAGGGAAGACAUUCAGAAGUUAUUCAGGCAAGCUGCGAUCUCAGGAAUGCCGACAGUCUUCUUGCUUGGGGAUCACCAAAUUAAGAAUUUGGCAUUCUUGGAAGAUGUGAAUGUUAUUCUGAACACGGGGGACAUUCCGAAUCUUUUUCAGCAUGACGAGAAGGCGGAAAUAGUUGAAAGAAUGCAGAACAUUGUCCAUGAGAUGAACCUUAAGGUCGACUCGUCUCCUUUAGCGAUGUACAAUUUUUUCAUCGAACGCGUUCGCCAGAAUCUCCAUGUUGUGCUAACAAUGAGCCCAAUUGGCGAUACUUUCCGUAACAGAUUGAGAAUGUUUCCAUCGCUUAUUAAUUGUUGUACAAUAGACUGGUUUCAGGCUUGGCCAGAUGAUGCUCUCGAGCUAGUGGCAAAUAAAUUCCUUGAAGAUGUCGAAUUGUCAAACGAAGUCAGAGCAGAAACUGUCACAAUAUGCAAACGGUUUCACCUUGACGUGAGAGAGCUUUCUGAAAAGUAUUACGCAACUCUGAGACGCCAGAACUACGUCACACCGACAUCAUACCUUGAGUUGAUCAAAACAUUCAAGUUAUUACUUGGAAAGAAAAGGAUGCAGUUAUUAACGCUGAAAAAUCGGUAUACAGUCGGAUUAGAGAAGCUGGAGUUCGCUUCGGGACAGGUUGAAAUCAUGCAAGAGGAGUUGAAAGAGCUGCAGCCUGAACUGAAGGAAACUAAAAUUGAAACUGAAAAACUUUUGAAAGAAAUCGAAAAAGAAACAGCAGAAGUGGAGAAAAUUAAAAAGGUUGUUGAGGAUGAAGAAGCGACAGUUAACGACCAAGCGACGAAGGCACAAGCAAUACGUGACGAGUGUCAAGAAAAACUGGCCGUUGCACUACCUGCUCUUGAGUCGUCAGUCAAUGCUUUGGACACAUUGAAGUCGUCUGAUAUCACCCUGGUCCGAUCAAUGGUCAACCCUCCACAGGGUGUCAAGAUGGUCAUGGAAGCCGUUUGCAUUCUAAAGGGAGUAAAGCCAGUUACCAAGACUGAUGCUAGUGGAAAGCAGAUCGAAGACUACUGGGCUGCAUCAAAAAAGCUUCUUGGAGACAUGAAAUUCUUGGAAUCGCUGAAAGAAUUCGACAAAGACAAUGUUCCUUCCAAAGUCAUACAGAAAAUUAGAGAAAAAUACACCAGUAACAAAGAUUUCCACCCAUCUCUUAUAAAGAAUGUAUCAUCGGCUUGUGAAGGUCUUUGCAGCUGGGUCAGGGCAAUAGAGGUUUAUGAUCGAGUAGCUAAGCUUGUUGCUCCAAAGCGGAAAAGACUAGAGCAAGCCGAAGGAGAGCUAUCAGUUAUUGUUCAACAUUUGAAUAAGAAAAGAGCAGAGUUGAAUGAGAUCCUUGCUAAAUUCCAAUCUUUAAAUGACGAUUUUACUUCAAAGACAACCAAAAAAGAGGAAUUGGAGAGAAAUAUUGAUCUCUGCUCACAAAAAUUGGUUCGUGCUGAAAAACUUCUAAGAGGUCUUGGUGGCGAGAGGACGCGUUGGGUUAUGGUUUCUCGGGAGUUGAGCGAGACCCAUAACAACAUUGUUGGUGAUGUUUUGCUUUCGGCUGGCGUUGUGGCAUAUCUCGGUGCAUUUACAACUGAAUUCAGACAGGAAUGCGUACGAAAGUGGCAGGAAUUAUGUCAACAAAAAAACAUUCCAAUCUCGGAACGCUACUCGAUGUCAACGACCCUCGGCGACCCGGUGACGACACGACAGUGGCAUAUAUCUGGUUUGCCAGUUGAUGGAUUUUCAGAGGAAAACGCAUUAAUUGUCAAUAAUUCACAGCGAUGGCCCCUCAUGAUUGAUCCGCAAGGACAGGCAAAUAAAUGGAUAAAAAACAUGGAAAAAUCAUCGAAUUUGCAAGUUAUAAAGUUAUCAGACAAACAUUACAUACGAACCUUGGAAAAUUGCAUUCAGUUUGGAACUCCUUUACUCCUUGAAAAUGUUGGCGAGGAACUUGAUGCUGUCCUUGAACCAGUUUUGCUGAAACAUAUUUUCAAACAAGGAGGUGUUGAGUACAUUAGAAUUGGAGAAAGUGUUAUUCAGUAUUCAAGGGACUUUCGUUUGUACAUCACAACAAAGUACCGCAAUCCACAUUAUCUCCCUGAAGUUUCUGUAAAGGUAACACUGAUAAACUUCAUGAUAACUCCAAUGGGACUUGAAGACCAACUGUUGGGAAUUGUUGCUGCGAAGGAGAAGCCUGAAUUGGAAGAGAAAAAGAACAAAUUGAUCAUUGAAAGUGCCAAAAACAAGAAAGAGCUAAAAGAAAUCGAAGACAAAAUUCUGGAAGUGCUCUCAUCAUCAAAAGGGAACAUUUUAGAAGAUGAAACUGCUAUUGAGGUUCUUUCUUCAAGCAAAAUGCUAUCGGAAGAAAUAACUUUGAAACAAGAAAUUGCCACAGUUACUGAAACUGAGAUUGAUUCAACUAGAAAUGGGUACAAGCCUGUUGCAAAGCAUUCGUCUAUUCUUUUCUUCACCAUUUCGGAUCUGGCAAACAUUGACCCGAUGUACCAGUACUCUCUUAACUGGUUCAUAAACCUAUUUCUACAGUCCAUAGAAGGAAGUGCUCCAUCUGAUGCGCUGGUAGAACGAAUAGUCAACUUGAAUGAUCAUUUUACUUACAGCAUUUAUGUGAAUGUAUGCCGUUCUCUUUUUGAAAAAGACAAAUUGCUCUUCUCCUUUUUGCUCUGCAUUGGUAUUUUGAAAGGAAGUCAAGGGUACUACGUUGUAGCAGUUCAGUGUGUGUUUAGGGGCGACGUAAAUGAAGAAGAAUGGAGAUUUUUACUAACAGGAGGGAUUGCCUUGGACAACAUCCACAAGAAUCCAGCCCCAGAAUGGCUUACAAGCAAGUCAUGGGAUGAAGUUGUCAGAUGCUCAGAUCUCCCUGCUUUCAAUGGCCUAAAAGAUGAUUUUGAAAUACAGGUAGAAGAAUGGUACAAGUAUUACAGCUCAGCGUCACCCCACAUUGCACCUUUGCCCCAACCCUGGGAAGAAAAAUUAAUGGAUUUACAAAAGCUUGCUAUAUUGCGGUGCCUUCGGCCAGACAAGAUAAGUCUGGCUGUUCAAGAUUUCAUAGUCAGCAUUAUGGGCAAGGAGUACACGGAGCCACCGCCAUUUGAUCUGCGAAAGUGCUACCAGGACUCAAACUGUUGUCUCCCUUUGAUCUUUCUGCUGUCACCAGGAGUUGAUCCAAUGGCUCAACUCAUCAAAUUCUCUGAAGAUAUGGGUAUGAAUGGAAAUAAAUGUCAGACGAUUUCCCUCGGGCAAGGCCAGGGGCCCAUCGCUUACAAAACAAUCGAAAAGGCAAUUAUUGAUGGCACUUGGGUUGUUCUGCAAAAUUGUCACGUUGCAACAUCAUGGCUGCCUACGCUAGAAAAGCUCUGCGAGGAGUUAAUCACACCAGACAAAACGCACAAGGAUUUCAGAUUAUGGCUAACCAGCUACCCAUCUCCACACUUUCCUGUCACUGUUCUUCAAAAUGGUGUGAAGAUGACAAAUGAGCCUCCUAAAGGUUUGCGUGCAAAUUUGCUUAGAUCAUACUUAAGCGAUCCUAUCUCAGAUCCAGCCUUCUUUGACGGAUGUAAUAAACCAGAGAAAUGGAAGCGACUUCUCUUUGGUCUCUGCUUUUUUCAUGCCAUUGUUCAAGAGAGGCGCCAGUUCGGAUCACUUGGCUGGAACAUUCCCUAUGAAUUCAACGAGUCAGACCUAAGAAUCAGUGUUAGGCAACUGCAGAUGUUGCUAAACGACUAUAAAGAAGUGCCUUUUGAUGCACUGCGAUACCUCACAGGACAAUGCAAUUAUGGAGGACGAGUGACAGAUGACUUUGAUAGGAGAAGCAUAACGAGUAUAUUAUCAACGUUCUACUGCCCUGAUAUAGUAACGAAAGAUGAGUAUUCGUUAUCUGAGAGCGGCGAUUACGUUAUCGAUGGCAGGGGAGAUUACAAUGCAUUCUUGGAUAAGAUAAAGGGUUUACCGCAGAAAGCAAAGCCUGAGGUAUUUGGAUUUCAUGAAAAUGCUGAUAUCACUAAAGAUCAGAAAGAAACCCAGCAAUUAUUUGAUGGCAUUCUCCUUACCUUACCAAGACAGUCUGCUAGUGGAGGAAAAUCUUCACAAGACAUCGUUGAAGAGUUGUCGGUUGACAUACUUUCUAAACUCCCAAAUGGAUUUGACAUUGAAGCAGUGCAGGAAAAAUACCCAGUUCAAUACGAGGAAUCAAUGAAUACGGUUUUGCUGCAAGAACUCAUUAGAUUCAAUCGAUUGGUGGAUGUCAUUCGCACAAGCUUAUUGAAUCUGAAGAAAGCAACAAAGGGGCUUGUUGUCAUGUCAGCUGAGCUUGAAAACGUGUUUGGGAGCAUGCUAGUUGGCAAAGUCCCAUCCAUGUGGGCUAGCAAAUCCUACCCAUCACUCAAACCCCUUGGCAGUUACAUUAAUGAUCUGGUAGAGAGGCUGACAUUUUUUCAGAAAUGGAUCGAUUCUGGAUCACCAACUGUGUACUGGCUGUCUGGCUUCUAUUUCACACAGUCAUUUUUAACAGGAACAUUACAGAAUUUUUCAAGAAAACAUAGAAUUCCAAUUGAUCUGCUUGGAUAUGAGUUCAAAGUCACUGAUUCAUACAAUGACAUCGACCAGAAGCCUGAGGAUGGAUCUUAUGUAAAUGGGCUGUACAUGGAAGGCGCCCGAUGGGACAAGGAGAAGAAGGUCAUUAGUGAGUCACUGCCAAAGACUCUCUUCGAUCUGGUGCCAAUUAUUUGGUUAAAGCCUACACCUCUGGCUGAAGUUUCGAGAACAUCUACAUACGCGUGUCCAGUUUACAAAACGAGUGCUCGACGAGGUGUUUUGUCAACGACAGGUCUCUCAACCAACUAUGUACUUACAAUAGAUCUGCCUUCAGAAAAGCCAGAAGGUCAUUGGAUACAGGGGGGAGCCGCCAUGCUUUGUCAGCUGGACAAUUAAGAGUAGAUUUGCACAGGCUAAUUUGUAAAUAGAUACUGCACCUACUGUUAUUUUUCCAUGCACAUCACCGAUAAAAUUUGAACAUUUUCGAGAAAAAAAGUGGCAACAUACUAUCAAGAUACUAUUAAUAUAUAUCUUAUCGUAAAACAACCAAUAGGGAAAGAAUUGCACCCAUUUUAUCAUCAUAAUAAUUAUUGUGUUGAAAGCCUGGCGAUACUUUAUAGUACUAUGGCUAGGACUUUGGUGUGAUGCUGGUGUAUAUACCUUACCAGCAACUAAAAGUUAUCCUUUCAAACAUUUUUCAAGAAAAUAUAGCUGCUCUUUCAGAAACGAAUUUAAUAUUUAGGUAACGGUUGGAUUGAUUGCUGCCAUGUUCAGUAUACACUAAGUGUGGACAAAUUACAAAAAGUACAAAACAAAAUUAUAGCAUUCUCUUGUUUUUUCACUAAAACAACAUUUCAACUUUGAGUUUAAGGUAUAGUAAAACAAAAUUCUGCUACUAUUGCCUCCUCUAGGCUUUUCACUUCCUUUGCAUUCAUGUCCAACUUUUUCAUCGAGCCCUGCUUUACAUAAAUAUGAAAUUAACUCUCAGAUGUAAUUAGCAAAUACAAAACCCAUAUAAUUAAAGAUGAUUUUCACCUCAAGCUGUAUUUGUAUGUUUUUAAAUUAUACUGCACACUAAAACAGUAGCUUGUUUGUUAGUUAUGUUAAUAUUGUCAGAUAUGUAUUUUAGGAAAAAAAGGUCGAAUAAUUUCUUAUAUUUGAUUAGCUUGAAUUUUCUGUAGCUAAUUUUACACGAACAUGUGAAAUUGUAAUUUUAAAAUGCAUAUGAAGAUGUAACUAAAAUUUUCAAAUAUAUUCAACCAUUUUAGUAUCACUGAAUAUAAUAAAGAGUACCGCAGCACGCUUGCUAA